UCUGGCUAGAAGCUAAUCCCGCCCUGUUAAUGAUCCUUCACCAUCGCCCUUGGUUCCGCUUCUGAAUCGUCGUCGUCUUCACUUCAUGCUCUGAUGACUGCUUCAACUUGCAACAGCAGCAUCUCUUCUUCAUUACAUUGCUUGAUUCUGUCAGAUCCGCCAUAAAAAACGACGACUGUAAGCGUUUCUUUAGUUACCUAAUCUUCCAAAAUUUCCGAGUUCACUUUGAUUCUUUCUCACGAUUCUUCAAUACCAGGUCUCUCUCUCCCUCUCUCUUUCUCUCGUAGUGUAUUUACUUUGUUUGUAUGUAUGUUUAUGCGUUUUAGAUUUAGUUUCACUUUCUGGUUUGAUUUUGGUUUCUUCCUUGCAUAUUCGAAGAAAGUAGAUUAAGAUUGUGGAGUUUUGAAGCUCUCGCGUAGUGUUUCAUUUUCUCCAACUAUUUUUCAGCGAUUGAAAAUUGAUUCAAAUAUUGAUUUGAAAGUUAGAAUUUAUAUCGCUACAUGGAGGAGAUUGAAGGAGAAGGUGCUUGACUUUCUAAUUUUGUAUGAUCAAAACGUGCGAAUACUUUGGUAGAUUAUGUAGAACAGGAUUAUAGCAACGCUAGAAGAUAUAACUAUCAAAUGACAGCAAAGGAUUAGAAAAAAUAUAGCACCUGAAAAUCCAAGUUAUUUAGAGAUGGAGAAAGAUUUUAGGGUUUAAAUUCCCUUUCAAGCGAGGGAGAGAGAGAGGGAAGAACAGAGGCUAAUAACUUUUCUUAAUUCUAUUAAAUUCAUCGUGCGGAAAUAUUCUCUGUCCUUUUUCUUUUACCUUUUUCUUCCGGAGGACGACGGACGUCGGGAAUCUUAGUUCAUUUAAGCGCGGCGGCGAGGAGCUGAAACAGAGGGGAGGAAAUUAACAAAGACUCCAAAAUCGAACCGCGUCAAUUCUUAUCGGAGUUCCAUCGUUUACUAGAAAUAGAGCUCAACGAGCUCCUGGCGGCGGCGGCGGCGGCACCACAUCGUACUGUAAGGAUAGAAUGCUAUUGUAAUUAGCACAAAUGUCCUCGGAAAAAUAAGGGGAAAAGGAAAGAAAAUGAAUCGGGGAAAAAUUGGAAAUAAUAACGAUAGGAGCAAUGGAAGAUGCGGAGGUAACUGGAGGAUUGAUGGCGGUGCAGUUCAUAUACGCCGGAAACUCGGUAUUGCUGCGUUAUUUGAUGUCGUUAGGGCUCAAUCCGUUUACCGUCGUCAUUGUUAUUGCCUCUGCAACUUUUCUCUUUCUCUGUCCUCUUCUCCGGCUUUAUAUCUUUUUCUCGCAGAUGAAUUUGAUGAACGAUGUGCAUACCGAGGAGCAUUUGGCUCAAGAAAUUGAGUUUCAUGUUGCUGCUUCAGCUUGUUCUGAUCUCCUUUCGCAGAGGAAUAGUGAUUGGCAUAAGCUUGAGGUUCAACGGAUGGGCACGAAGAAAAGAGGGCCAGUUUUGGUGUCAAUUUUCAGGCCAUUGGAAUGGAACAGUUUUCUCCGUCAUUCUCUCUGUCUCCACCUUAGGGAACACUAUUAUUUCCAUUUGAAGAUAAUGACAUGGUUUAGUUGUAAGAUGGUGAUGGUAUGGUGCACGUGAUGAAAUGCGUAAAU